UCUGCGCCAGUGCGCCAUCACUAUCAAUCUGUUCUGCAUUCCAUCCGGACACGCGAAAGUCUGCAAUGUCGGAAGGGAAGAGGAAAAGCUCUGGAAAAGACAAGGCCAGGCGGAGAUAUCGCCAAGACGGCACACCUAUCUGGGGUCAACGAACCGUUGACGGGCCAGGCGUAUGGGUAACUUGUGUUAAGGGGAAGGAGAAGCAGACAGUGGGAGAGCUGUAUGACCUUUUCGAAAGUCUUGCGUCGGAGAUGUGGCCAGAUGAUAGUGCUACCGGUACGCAAGCUGACGAUGACAAUUCCGAUGAUGAAGGAAGCGAUGAUGGCGACAUCGAGAAACAGUUGGCAAAGGAAGUCGCUUCCAUGAAGCGCCCUCGGAAGGAACAAAGGUUCGCUAACUGCCAAAUUAACACGCCUUGUGUGGUUUUCAUAUCGUGCAAGCCACCGGUGGACCCUGUCAAAUUAGUCAUGAGACACGUUGAAAACGUAGCGCAGACGGGUGUGACGCAUACACGGUACACCCAGCGGCUCACGCCAGUAUCUGCCACAUGCGCUGCCAAUAUCCCGGAGAUCUGUUCAUUAUGCAACCGCAUAGCGAAUUCAUUCUUUGAAUCGGAUCUGGAGAAGACCUACACGUACAAAAUCGAGCUCAGAAUACGCAAUCACAACACGGUGACUCGCUCGCAACUCAUUGAAGAGCUAGCAAAGUGCGUUUCAGAGCGGCAUAAAGUCGAUCUCAAUAAUCCGGAGGUGUUCAUCCUUGUGGAAAUAUUCAAGAGUGUAUGCGGCAUCAGCGUCGUCAACGACUACUAUACCCUGCACAAGUUCAACGUGAUGGAGAUUGCCAAUGCGAAGAAUGCGACGGUGGAGGAGCAAGGGCGCGUAGCAGAUAAGACAGUUACGAGCGAGCCUAGCAGUGUAAAGACCGAUGGUGCUGAUGGCGCAGUCUGAUCCAUUGCUUACAUGUACCUGAGUGGUCGUAUAUAAUGUGCACUUUAGUACAAAGCUGC